GGUCGAUUUUAUUUAUAUUCAUUAUUUAAUAACUGUUUUUGUCAUUCUGCGUUCCUUUGGAUCUUCAAAUUCCUCCAUUUCCACCCAUACUCUUCUCCAGAUCGGGCCUGGCUCUUGAUGUAUUGCUAAGAUUCCCUCAUGGCUUCGAAUACCCAGGCGACUGCCCCAUAUACGAUCCUAAUCCUAGGCGGCGGCAUUGCAGGCAUUGCUUCCGCUCUCGCGCUGUCUAAAACUCUCACUCCGGUACUUCCGAACCUCAAAAUCAUUAUAUAUGAGCUGCGAGACGUUCCUUCAACUUCCGGUGGCGCGAUCAACCUCACACCCGUCGCCCAUAGGCACCUCGAUCAUUUAGGUGUGCUCGAUGAGCUGCAAUAUUUGGGCCCUCAAGGGGGCGUGGAAGUGGACGAGAUAGAAAUUUUCUCCUCGCAUAGUGGCAAAAAAAUGGGAGCGGUCGACUUUGCAGGCAAAGACGGCAAGGGUUAUGGUGGUUAUAAGGGUCGACGAAUAAUGCGCAUUUGUCUCCAUCUGGCUUUGAUAUCCGCCGUGGAGAAACGGAGUAAUAUUGAAAUGAUGUUCGGGAAAAAGGUUGUAGGCGGCAUCGAGACGGACAAAUGUGUCACAAUUUAUUUCGAGGAUGGCACUUUUGCGAAAGGUGACUUGGCUUUGGGGUGUGACGGUGUACAUUCGGCUACGAGAUCAACCAUUGUUGAUCCAGAUAGAAUAUCGGAGUAUACGGGGAUUUCGUUUAUUCAAGCCACGAUAAAAUCGGAGGUAAUAAGGUCGUCCAAGCACUUCAGCGUCACAGCGCUCAACAGAUCGAGGCAUGGGACGAUGUUGACGACCUAUUGCGAUAGCGAAAAGGAAAAUAUGUUCGUGGCAGCAUUGGCUGAAGUCGAUGAGGCACGGUUGACCUAUGAAAUAUGCAAAUAUCAGGCAUCGGAUUCGUGGAAGACAAAGAGCACCGCGGUCAUGAUCUUGAGGGAUGAUAUUCAGAAUCGCUUCGGGAAAUCAGCAAUUCCGUGCAUUCGCGAGAUUGCAGAAAAAUGCUGGGAUUGGUUUCUGUAUCCAGUGUAUCAGAUACAUCCCGGGGGGAAAUGGUAUACGGAAAGGAUCCUACUGUUAGGUGAUGCAGCUCAUGCUAUGCCCCCCAAAGACGAGUCAGCCGCCUACGCCCUGGAUGACGCCAUCCUCUUCGCCCGCGUCCUGACAAAAUACAUCCACGAACCCCUCUCGGAAGCCUUCCGCAUCUAUGAAUCCAUCCGUCGUAAAACCAUCGACCACGCAUACAAAACCGCCUGUGAAAAUUGGACCCACAACAAAGAUAGCGGCCGUCUCUCGAACCUGCUAGCGGAAUGGAUCACGCCUCUUAGUCUAAUGCGGCAAAAGAAGAAGAUUACAAGCGCGUGGGUAUUUGAUGCUAUGAAUGUUGAUAUAUCCCCCCCGAACCCAGCGUCACGCCAAUCAACGGCUUCAACAGUUCGUUGAUGCUUUGGCUAUUUCCCCGCUUGUCCUGUUUAAUUUUAAAAUUUUUCUAAUUAUUUUUUUACCCUUCUGGUUGGUUUCACGUGUCCUUUUACCACCGGAAGAAUGAAGCAAUUGCAUUUCCCCCUACCUUUUGCAUUCCUGCUACAAAUAGGAGUGGUACUUGUUUAUUAUUCCACUUCCAAUACACCUGUAUGAUACCAUGUUUGUUUAUAUCCCCAGCAAGGGGUAUAAAUGGAUAUUCCAUAUGACUUUGUAUUAAUAGGGGUUAAUAUACACGUAUGUCUUUCUAUUUCUCC